CAACCUCUGCAAGCCCUUGGACAGGCAAUGAGCUCAGGGGGAGGGAACCCUAGAAGGUCAUAUUUUCUUCUUUGUAUUUGAAUUCACUUCAGGUAAAAUGGGAAGCGACCUAGCUGCACACUUCACAUUGAGGGGAAAGCAGGGAAGCAGUGCCCUGAGUCAGUCAGGUGUUUUUUAUUUAUCAAUACAUUGCUGUCAGUUAAAAGUACUUUUUGGAUUAAAGAGUCUGUUACUGGGUGAAGUUUGAAAACUGCAUUUCUUAUAAAGACUACUACAGUACCAGCACUAGUUUGAUGAGCACAAAAUAGUGGGAAGAGCUUGCAAACACAUCUAUUCAUACGGCAUGAAAUACAGUAUCAGCAACUGCCAUGGCUGGAUAUUGUGGCUGGACAAAACAGGAGAGCACAUCCAAUUUCAAUACAAAUAUUGGCAAAUCAAGUUUAUUGUAUUGGAGACAUGCAGCAGAGGAUGAGACGUGCGGCCGUAAUGAUGGUGUUUUCCAAUGCAUGGGCUGGCAUUUUGUCUUUGGAUCAUGCUGGAAGAUCCAUGUUUCUUCACAGGUUUCACAGCAGCUGAAUGGUUAAUCAAUAAAGAGUGAAAUCUCAUCCCCUGCUGCCCUGCGCUGUAAUCGGAUGGCACUCAGAACAAAACCAAGCCUUCCUGUCUGUCACCAGAGAUCAGUUCCCAAAGGACGAACAGCCGUGACAUGGAUAUUGCUGGUGUAGCUGUUACUUUUAACCAUGACAUCACUCAAAACAUUGUUAUCCUGAGCACACAUUGCUUCAAAGCCAGAAACAAAUCAACCAUAGCAAGGGGUGUGAUACUUGCUGUGUUACACUGCUGUCUCUUUACAUUUGUUUUCUUGUCUCUUCUAUGGCAUGUCUGCUCAGCAGCGAUUAUUUUUAGGCACUACUAAAGCUUAUUGACUUAUAGUCUACUUAGAACACUCUACAGUUCUGGCUUAAUGUUCAUUUCUGAGAUAUACUUCCCUAACAAAGCAUGCUAAAGAAAGAAAGGCAAUGACUGGAGUUUGAUGAGUAUAAGUUUGUCUUUGUGUCGCUAUAAAGAGGAUUCCCGGUCAUCAUGUUGCAACAAAUUCUUAAGGACAUGUACAUUGAUCCUGACCUCCUGGCUGAGCUCAGUGAUGAGCAGAAACAAAUUCUCUUCUACAAAAUGAGGGAAGAGCAGAUCAGGCGCUGGACUGAGUGGGACAGAAAUCUUGACAAGGAGCAAUCCAAGAUGAAAAUCAAAGCCAAGUUCCAACACAAUAACUCAAAACACAUACAGUGGCUACGGGGGUGUGAUGGAGAAGUAUGGGUCUGGAUCAUGGGAGAAGCCCAGGGAGAUAAGCCAUAUGAGCAAAUUUCUGAGGAGCUCAUGGCAGAGAGUGCCAAACAGCAAGCUCAAAAGGAGGCAGAGGAACAAUGGAAACAGAAAGAAGCAGAAAUUGAGAAGAAGUUUCGAGAUGCUAUGGCCAAAGAAAAAGCUCGCAUAGUGGCUGAGAAAUGGAAGGUAGAAAUUGAAGAUCGGAAAGCUGCAAAGCUUUUAGAAAAUGAGUUCCAGGAAGAAUUAAAGAAAAAGGAAGAUGAGGAGAGAAGAAAAGGUGAGGAACAAAUUCGCCAGCGGGAAGAGCUACGUGCAAAAGAGUUGUAUUUGAGUCUGAAGAAAGCCCAGCAGCAAAAUCAACGUAAUGAAAACGAGGAGGAAGAGUGGCAAGAACAAUUGCGUAAGUCGAAGGCAGCAGAUGAAGAUCGCAAACACAAAGCUCGGAGGGCGCGGGCUGAAUAUCAUCGUCAGUCUCUACGGGCUAUUCAGAAAGGAAAGGUAGCCGGGCUGAGUAAUUUAUUCCAAAACAGUAGCAUAAACAAUGGCCAGGAAUCUAGUCAAGAGAACAGCAGUUUAUCUCCAUUCAAACUUCAAGUGCCAGUUGAAAAAGUUUGGGAACGACCAGCUCGACCAAUUUCAAGAGAUGUCAUUAUCCGUUGGUUUAAAGAAGAGCAGAUCCCUCAGCGUGCUGGCAUGAAAAGAAAUAGCAAACAGAUUGCAACAUGGUUCCACGGAAUCAUAAGUCGUGAGUGUGCAGAAAAGCUACUGAUGAACAUGUCUGAAGGAUCCUUCCUUGUGCGUGUCAGUGAGAAAAUUUGGGGCUAUGCACUGUCUUACAGACAUCAAACUGGCUUCAAGCAUUUUCUAGUGGAUGCCUCAGGAGAUUAUUACAGCUUUCUGGGUGUAGACCCAAACAGACAUUCAACUCUUACUGAUCUCAUUGAUUUUCACAAGGAGGAAGUUAUUACAAGUUCUGGAGGAGAGCUGCUUGUAGAAGCCUGCGGACAAGCACAGUCCCCACCUGACUAUAGCAUAUUGUUUGAAUGAGACAGCUAAUAACUGCAAUAUUGUGCACUACAGAUUAUGAAUGAUUGUUAUCUUAACUCCAUUAAUGAUUAAGCAACAAAGAACAUUUCUACUUCUUGAGAGUGUCAAUAACUUCAGAUUUGAAGAUCUGGUUGCUUAGUGUAUUUUUUAUGGUUUUAAUAUGUCCUUUUUAUUCACUG